AUGGACGCGGACCUUGAGUCUCUGAUUGAUACGCUUCCGAUGCAUAUCAGGGAUCUGCUUCUGGAGCGUGACGAUGUUAAUGAGUUGCUGGAAGUAGUGCUGGACUUGGGGCGAGAGCCUGAGGCGCGCUUUCUGAGUGAGAGCCUGGUCGUUUCGAGCACAGAGAUUACAGAAGCAGAAAUUGACCAUGUGAUAGAAAAGGUCAGCUUAUUUGGCGAGGACAAUCGCGCGGGGAUAGAGCGGACGCUGCACAGGAUUUCCGCGAUGCGCAAUCGUUCCGGCAAGGUGGUCGGGCUUACGCUGCGCGUUGGCAGGGCGGUGUACGGCACGAUACGCAUUAUCGAGGACCUGGUUCUGAGCGGCAGAAGCGUGUUGCUGCUAGGCAAGCCGGGUGUGGGCAAGACGACGAUGCUGCGCGAGAUUGCGCGUGUUCUUGCGGAUGACGCUCAGAAGCGCGUCAUCAUCGUGGAUACUUCCAAUGAGAUAGCGGGGGAUGGGGAUAUUCCGCAUCCGGGCAUUGGCAGGGCACGGCGGAUGCAGGUGCGCUUGCCGGCGCUGCAGCAUGCGGUGAUGAUCGAGGCGGUGGAGAACCACAUGCCGGAGGUUAUCGUCAUUGACGAGAUCGGCACUGAGGCGGAUGCGGAUGCGGCGCGCACGAUUGCGGAGCGAGGCGUUCAGCUUGUUGCGACGGCGCACGGGAAUACGCUGGACAACCUAAUCAUGAACCCGACGCUGUCUGACCUUGUUGGUGGCGUGGAGGCGGUUACGCUGGGGGACAUCGAGGCGCGGCGACGAGGGACGCAGAAGACGGUGCGGGAACGGCGCGCGCCUCCGACGUUCGACAUUCUCGUGGAGAUACAGGGCUGGAACGAGGUCGUGGUGCAUGAGGAUGUGUCGGAUGUGGUUGAUCGCAUGCUGCGGGGCAAUCCGAUUUCGCCGCAAUUACGCACGAUGGACGAGCUUGGUCGGCUGCAGCGCUCGCAUGCCGAGACGAAGGUGGCUUCACUUUUCAACGGCCUUGACAGGAGCGACAGGCGGGAUACGCCGCGCCGCGCCUGGGGUGUGCCAAUGCCGGAAGACCCUGUUGAAAGCAUUCCGAUGAAGUCGGUGAGCAUUCUGCCCUACGGCAUCAACAAGGGCAAGCUGAUGCAGGCGGUGCAGGGCAUCAACGCUCCGGUGGAGCUGGUCGCGGAUCUGGGCAAGGCGGAUAUGCUGCUGACGACAAAGAAUUACUACCGGCGCAGCACGCAGGCUCUGCAAAUUGCAGAGCAGCGGGGAAAGCCGGUGUAUGUGCUGCGGAAGAAUACGCUCGCGCAAAUUCAGCAGUUCGUGCAAGCGCUGGUGCGGAAGCAGUCGCAGGACGCACAUUUGGAGGGGGAGCACGCGGACGCAAUCGACGAGGCGGAGCGAGCGGCAUCACGGCUGGAAGAGGGCGAGAUGCAGGUGAAGCUCAGUCCACAGGCGGCGUAUGUGCGGCACUUGCAGCACAAGGCGGUAGGCGAUAUGGCGGUGUUCAUAUCGUUCGAGGGCGGCGAGGGAAGCGGAAAGUCCACGCAGUCUGAGAUUCUUACCAACAGACUUCGGGAUUGCGGGUUUGCUGUGGAAUUCGUGCAUGAGCCGGGUUCUACGGAGUUGGGUUGGCAGGUCAGGGAUAUUCUGAAGCGGGGACUACCCGGCGAGAGUGUAAUCUCAGAUCAGGCCGAACUGUUGCUGUUUUCUGCGGCGCGGGCGGAGCUCGUGUUCAAGGCGCUGAAACCGCUGCAAACCCAACCUGACGCGGUCAUAGUUGCGGACCGCUAUGUCGAUUCCACGACGGCAUAUCAGGGGUACGGGCGCGGGAUGCCGCUGGAGCAGAUUAAAGUGGUGAACGUGCUUGCGACUCAGGGAGUUAUGCCGGACCUGACAUUCCUGCUGGACCUGCCGCCCGUGAAUGGAUUGACGCGGAUUGGCGACCUCCAACUAGGGUUUCAGAUGGACGACAGCGUGUUACAUCAGAAUGCAGGCCGGGCGGAUGAUGCGCGGGCGCAAGAGGGAGCGAGGUUCGAGGAUGAGCCACUGGAGUUUCACGAGCGUGUGCGUCGGGGGUAUCGGGAGUUGGCGGCGAGCGAGCCGGAUAGGUUUUGCGUCAUAGACGCUACGCUGCCGGAGCGCCGUGUCAGUGAAUUGAUAUGGGAAGAAGUGUGCGGCAGGUUUCCUGAAAUUGCCGCGGUUACGGAGGGUGCGAAGCGAUGA